AUGGGUUGGUAUUGGAGACUGCCCCAGGAUGAUAGAUCUGAGGCUUUGCCUUUCAUCCCUGCCAUCCACGAGGCAGCUCGUGAUUGCCUGGCUCGGGUGUUUCUUAGAGUUCCCAUCUCACGCCAAGCUACCCGUUUCUCCUUACAUAGCCUAGUGAUACCUGCUGCCCUGACAUUCCUCUCCGAGUAUUUUCCGCUUCCUUCCAUUCACCCUGCCCUUGGACGUUCCAGCUCACUUGGACGGGCUUCUCUGGCCCCAGCUUCUCAACAGAGACCGUCAUCACCGGAGGUGGCUCUAGAAGACUUGGAGCAAAUCAUUCAAGAGCUCAGUGCCAAAGAUGAAUCAUACCGGACCUUUCCUGCCAGUGUACUGGAGUAUCUCUCUGGAGGACCUUACCCGCCAAACACGGGGAAGCCGGUCCAAUCAGGGCGUUCCAGUUCACCUGGACCGACUUUUCCCGCCCCAGCUCUGCAACAGAUACCGUCAUCACAGGCAGAGGCACAAGAAGAGUUGAAGCAAAUCAUUGAAGAGCUCAUCGCUAAAGAUGAAUCCACACUGCCAUCUGCCAGGCCCUUCCCCGAAGCUCUUAUGCCAAUUCCUCCAGCAUCCAAUGCAGGAAUGGACAGCUACCCCAGCGAGGAGAUCCCGGAAACCACCUACACCGUCCCGACCACCAAAUUCUCACAGGGGAAGAAGAGUCGGCCUGACAGAUUCAGCGAGCAUCAACUCAAAGAGUUGUGGGCACGGUUUGAAGUCACGCCAUACCUGACGGCUGAACAAGUGAAAUCCCUGUCUUUCCAACUGGGUCUGACAACGCUGCAGGUUAGAAACUGGUUCCGGAAUCACAGGAAGAAAUACAAGCAGUGGAUUGCCCCUAGACUUCAGACGACUGAGCGACGCCCUUCCCUUCAACCCUGGAAUACCAAGUCUGGAGCCGGAAGGAUGUGGGUGCAUUUCCAUCCCCGCUGA